CGAGCGGCGACACGACUGUCCACCAAACCCAAUUUUCUUCUAUUAUUUCCCACUGUAAAAUUCGCUGGGUUUAUCCACUCCCCACGCACGCAGCACCAGCGAGUAAUCGCACGCCAUGGCUCGCCGCGCCGACCUCCACCUCGUCGCCCUCCUCCUCCUCGCGCUGCUAGCCGCCGCGCCCGCGCUCUCCUCCGCCGCAGCCGGCACCAUCGUCUUCACCACGCUCGGCCGCAGCCGCUACGCCUUCGAUGUCUACGACCUCCCGCUCGCCCCCUCCCUCUCCCUCCCCGCCUCCCCUUCGACAGAGCUCCGCCUCACCGACGGCGCCUCCGUCAACUACAACGCAAACUUCGCGCCCUCCUCCGCCGCGCUGCUCUUCGUCUCCGAGCGCAACGGCUCCCUCAACGUCUACCUCUCCCCCGUCCCCCCGACCGCCUCCCGCCGCGAGGCGCGCGAAGUCGGCGAUGGGGACUCGUCCACGCCUGCGGCCCCGACGCCGCUGCUGCCAUGGGACCCCGUCGCGCUCCGGGACCGCCCGGCCCUUACCCGCGACAGCGAGCGGUAAAGCACGUUGAUAUCAUUGUGUGAUCUGGCCAUGCCAAAAAAAGAGUGUCAGAUCCAGAGAUCUUGAGACGCCACGGCCUCAAGUAUGACAGUGCAAGCCCUGAUAUGGCCCUUAUACUUCCCUUGCCAAACAGAAGGGCAGUUCUUUCACUCCCAAUGCAUGCAGUCUAUACUACCAAUCAUCCCUGGGAAGCCCCUGCUUGCAUUCAUCGCCAACAAACGGGUUGUAUCUUCAGCAGUAGGCUCUCUCAAGUACUCAGGGCCAAACACAGCAAUAACAGCCUUGCA